AUGAUUAAUCUGAUAGACUCUCCAGGACACGUGGACUUUUCCUCAGAAGUAUCAACUGCUGUUCGCAUUUGUGAUGGAUGCAUCAUUGUGGUAGAUGCUGUGGAAAGAAUUAAUGCACUCACAGGAACUCUUUUUACUUCUAAAGUCCCAGAAGAAAGAGCGGAGAGAGAGACUGAAUCCCAAGUGAAUCCAAAUUCUGAACAAGGAGAGCAAGUAUAUGACUGGAGCACUGGCUCGGAGGACACAGAUGAUUCUCAGCUUUACUUCUCUCCAGAACAGGGAAAUGUGGUGUUUACCAGUGCAAUAGAUGGGUGGGGCUUUGGAAUUGAGCACUUUGCCAGAAUCUACAGUCAAAAAAUUGCCAUCAAAAAGGAAGUUCUUAUGAAAACCUUGUGGGGAGAUUACUAUAUAAAUAUGAAGGCUAAAAAGAUCAUGAAGGGUGAUCAGGUAAUGCGGUGUAUAUCCUUUUUGACUGUUGGUCAUGUUCUUGCCCUACAAAAAUCUAUCAUGUAAUAUCUUUAAUAAAUGUAAUUCAGCUUUAAUUUAUGCAGCUCAGUUCAUGAGGGACAUUUUUACUGUGUAUAAUUGGGAAAGGCUUACAACUCUCAUAUACAGGUAUUGUUCAUAUAGAGUUCUUAGUUCCUUUAAGUGUAGUGAGCAAAGAACUGCUUUUUCUUUUCUUUCU